CUCAGCCUCAGCACAGAAUGAUCUGAAUGAAGAAAAGAUGAACAAACGACUCUGUGUGAUCAUCUUCCUCUUGUGUGAAGUCUCUGAGACAGUGUAUGGAAACAUCAUACAGCCUGAUACAGUUGUGUCAUUUCAGGAAGGAGAGACAGCAGUUUUGCGCUGUUUUAUCACAAAUUCACAAAUGAGCAUGACACUGUGGUACAAGCAAGUCACAGGAGAAGAGCCACGUCUCAUUGCUUCCUCUAUCCUACGUUCAUCAGAAAUCCAAUUUCACAAUGAAUUUGACAGCAGUCAUUUUGAAGUGUUGAGAGACACUGGUGGUUUUAAUCUGAAGAUUGUGAACGCUGUACAGUCAGAUUCAGGAACAUAUUAUUGUGCUACAUCUUUUUCCAAUGUCAUUGAGUUUGGAAAUGGCACUCGUCUGGUUGUUAAAGGAACAAAUCUCAACAAACCCACUUAUCUACAGUUGCAUGAGCUUGAACAAGUUGAGUCGGCAAAAAACCCUCUUCUCUGUUCAGUCCAAAACCAGCUAGUGAGAAAUGAACAUCGUCUCUACUGGUUCAGUCAUGGGUCAGAAGAAUCUCCUCCAGGGUUUAUUCAUAUUUAUGGAAACUCAAGUAAAUCAUGUGUCGGGAGCUCUAAAUCUGACUGUCUUUCACCGACCUGCAUGUACAAUCUCCCAAUGAAAAGAUCAAGGUCAUCAGAAAUGGAAAUGCAUUAUUGUGCACUGGCCACAUGUGGACAGGCUUUAUUUGGAAAUGUUUCUAAACUCAAUUUAGAUGCUGUUGGGAGCCCGAAAAUAUUGUUCAUUCAAAUUGGCCUCGGUGUGUUACUGGCAAUAAGUCUUGCAAUCAAUAUUCUGCUUUGCUGUCAGAGGAAAAAUGGGAGAAAAUCUCAAAUACAGACUGCUGAUGAAGAUUUGUCAAUAAAUCCGUUUAGUGAAGUGACCUACGCUACUGUAAACACCUCCAGCAAACACUCAAGAGUGAAGAGAGAGAGCAAACAAGAGGACACGCUGUAUUCUGGUUUAGCAUGUCAACAACACAGCUGAAAACUACUUAUUUUAGAUACAUACUGUAUAUAAUUAGCUCUCUAAUCAACUCCAAUUGUGACUUGU